UGGGCGUGGUUGUAGGCGCGGUCUCCACGUGGCUUCAAAGAGCGGCUUCAGAGCUCAAGACCAGUGGCUGUCAGAGCCUCGCUCAGAGCUCAGUUUGUAAAACCUCUGUGCCUUGCCUGACGUAGGAGGGAAUGGCUGGCGGUGCUGAGAACGUGUUCAAGAUUCUAGUCGCCACAGACAACCAUGUCGGCUACUUGGAGAAAGACCAAAUUAGAGGUACUGAUUCCCUGGAAGCUUUUGAAGAAGUGCUGAGAAUUGCACAGGAGCGGCAGGUGGAUUUCAUUCUGUUGGGAGGAGAUUUGUUUCAUGACAACCGUCCGUCAAGACAGGUGUUAACGCGGACCAUGGAACUCCUGCGGCACUACUGUAUGGGAGAGAGGCCUUGUCCCAUCGAGUUCCGCAGUGACCAGACUCUCAACUUUCGCCACUCCAGGUUCCCAGUUGUCAACUAUGAAGACCCAAACUACAAUGUCUCCAUCCCAGUCUUCUCCAUCCACGGGAACCAUGACGACCCAGCUGGGGCUGGGAACCUAAGUCCCGUGGACAUCCUGAGUGUUGCAAAUCUGAUCAACUAUUUCGGGAAGUCGGCCAACGUGGAGUCGAUCGAAGUGAGUCCCCUCCUCCUACAGAAGGGGACGACGCGACUGGCUCUCUACGGACUGGGCAGCUGUCGGGACGAGAGACUCCACCGCAUGAUGAGGAGGAAGAACGUGACGUUCCUGAGGCCGGAGGGGGAGGGGGAGGGGGAGGAGGGAGCAGCCGAUUGGUUCAGUCUCCUGGUAUUACAUCAGAACAGGGCCAAACAUGGAGAGAAAAACCACAUUCCCGAGAACUUCAUUCCGGCAUUCUUUGACCUGGUGAUCUGGGGUCACGAGCACGAGUGUCGUAUCGACGCAGAGUACAGUGUGGUUGGGAGUGAUGCGGACGGGGAGGAGGAGGGAGUGUUCAUCUCCCAGCCUGGGUCCUCCGUGGCUACCUCGCUGUCAGAGGGGGAGACCAGGAAGAAACAUGUAGGAAUCCUCUACGUCAAGGGAACGUCGUUCAAACUGGAGCCAGUGGCACUCGAGUGUGUGAGGCCGUUUGUCAUGGACACUGUGUUUCUCUCCCAGACAGGAAUCCACCAUCGGGAGGAGCAGCAGAUUACUGCCUACCUCACCCAGAAGGUGCAGGCUAUGGUGGACGAGGCUAAUGCUGACAAUCCUCAGGGAAAGCUGCCUUUAGUAAGACUCAGGGUGGAGUACAGUGGGGAGUAUGAGACAUUCAGCAACGCCAGGUUUGGCCAGAGGUUCGUGACGGAGGUGGCCAACCCUCGCUCCAUCCUCCUCUGGUUCCGACAGAGAAAGUCUGUCAGGAAGAAAGACGAGAGCCCUGAGCCGGGACACCUGCUGGAGGGUGUGGGAGGGAGGGAGGAGGGAGGAGGGGGAGAGGGGGAGGGCCUCAGUAUGCCAGUCCUGGUGGAGCAGCAGCUGCAGUCUCAGAAACUGAACCUCUUGUCUGAGAAGAACCUCACCGAGGCUCUCACUCAGUUUGUGGACAAGGAGGACACUGACGCCAUCUCAGAUUUUGUGAAGUACUCGUUGGAGCAGGCUCAGACCUACCUCAAGGAGAGACCCGGUAUCAAUGAAGCCGACAUUGACACUCAGAUCUCCAGACAGAGGGAAGAGUUACUGCGACGACAGGAAGAGGGGGCCUCCGACGCCCACAAGGAGAUGUCGCAGGCGAGGUCAGAGUCAUCCACGGGCAGAGGAGACGGGGAGAGGGGGAGUGAGGGGGAGGAGUGGGAUGGGGAGGGGGGAGAGGGGGCAUCGGCCACUGGUAGGAGGGGAAGGGGAAGAGGGAGGGGGAGGAGGGGGAGUUCGAGUGGAGAGACGAGAGGGAGGGGGCGGGGCAGAGGGAGAGGAAGGGGUGCGAAGGGAGCCAGCGCAACCAGAGGAAAGUCAGCAGCUGCCUCUAAGAGUAGCAGUGGGGCAGGAGUCGGUGAUCUUCCUCCACUGGAAUUUGCCGGCAGUGGAACCUCCGGGACACGGGGUACCAGACCCAGUACCAGCAGCAAGAAGAUGAUUGUGUAUGAUGAGAGUGAUGAGGAAGAGGAGCUCAGUUUCCUACCUCCUUCCAAGAAGAAGAAGACAAGCGACCAUGAUGCUCCCAUUGAUCUGACUCAGGAGAGUGGUAGUGAGGAAGAUGGGGUAGGAGGAAGUGGUGCCAGCUGUCACACGUCUAUCUUUGCCACCCAGACUGGUGGCGGUGUCCGCAAGAAGAGAUGACAUCAUCAUCCAUCUCACCACAUCCUCUUAUACAUGUACAGACUGUAUGAGAUACACUGCCCCCACCCUGUUUUUGUAGCUAGUUAAAAUAGUGGUUUUACAGGAUGAGUGA